AAUGUCACCCGUUAACAACCCAUUAGAGGAAGAAGGUGGUCUAAAGCUGCUUUGGGUGUGUUUGUUCCUUUGUCAACUGUCCUUCGAUUCUUUGGCGAUGGAAGUCAAAACGGACACAAGAAUCCAUUAUUGAAAAGAGCUGAAGUUAGAAGUGUUGUUCUUUACAUAUUGGAGUCUGAUCCAGACGUCGGAUUGCCUGCGUCACAAAAGAGAGAGCGUGGCGUCCGUUCAUGGAGGAGCCAUGUUGGUUACAGCUCGCUGUGUUCUUGUUUUAAUUAGGGCGCGUUGAGAACGGUACUCUAGUCUAACUUCAGCCCGUGGGACCCCGGGAACCUGUCAACGAUGUCUGCGGAGGAUUUACACAAGACGUAUGCCUCUGUAAUGGAGAGCAUGUUGAAGAGCGCAGUGGCUGAGACCACGAAACUUUUUGAAAACAUGGUGAAUGAACUGAAAACAGAAAUAUCCCAGAUGAGGAAGGAGAACGAGGAUCUUAAAAAGAGAUGCAUCCAGAUUGCGACUGCGGAUGGCCACUCGAGACACAGCCUGUCCGCUCAGGUGGACGGCGACGUUUCGACAAAAUGCGACAGUGCCGUCCAAUGUGACUUUGUUUCUGAUGACACAAAUGGAGUGGAGCAGUGUCAACCAUUAGAAAACCCUACUCUGCAAAGUGCAGAGUACCAGUGCCCCCGUGAACAGAUCAUAUACAAUUUGCAGGAGCACAACUAUGUUGUUCCAAGUAACGCAAUAUCAGACAUGAAUAUGGAUGUCAAACAGGAGGAAUUAUAUGGCGAUUCUCCGGAACAGUCUUUCUUGAAGCUAGAGAAUGUUGAGUUUGCUGUGAUCACUGGACAAAAGAAUGAUACAGGUUCAAAAGAGACUCCUGUCUGUGAAGCUGAACACAUAGGUUCUACAACCGCGGAAACCCAAACAAAAAAUGAAAUUGAUUUACAGGAAGCUCAUAAUCAGACAUAUGACCUUCAGAAUUCUAUCGUUAUUUCACUUAAAGAUGUAUUUAGGGGUGACAUUAAAGAAGAGACUGAAAGUGCAGACGAAACUAUGGCAAGGGCAACAGGGGAACAACUAUCAACGUCUGAAAUUCCUAAUUUUAACCUUCAAGACAGUCAACCAACCAUAAACAAGUCAGCUGUUGAUGAUCAUCGUUACACAAAGGGCGAGUUAGCUCAUUCAACCAAGACUAUAGUCAACAGAGAAGUGGAGGAGAAAGGGCCUGAAGAUUGUGCAACAGAGACAAAUUGUAAACCAACUUCAGCUGUUCGUGGUAAAAGAGGUCGGCCACCAAAGAAAAAAAGAAAGCAAAGAAAACAGGCCAAGUCUGUCUCAUCCAAAGUUCUGCCAGUCCAACCAGACUUGGACGACCCAUUAGUUAAAGAGAAGGCAACUAAGGGAUUUCCUAUAAUUUAUACAGAAGAUAGUGUCACAUCACAGUCUUCAGAAAUGCUUCAAACCGAGCUUCAGCCAAUUCAAGAGAGUUCCAACACUUUAGUCAAAAGCAAGAAAAACACUGAAGUCUGUUACUUACCAGUUUCUGUUGAAUGUAACGGGAAGGGUCCUAAAAAGCAAAAACCCACUGAAUCUAAAAAGGCAUUAGUAGAAGUAAAAAAGACGACACCUAUAAUCUGUGGGAUUUCAUCCACUUUAGAAACUUCAAAUACUCCACCGUUUAAGUCCUUAGAUCUGGAGUCUUCUUCCCAAAAAGAGUGUCACACUUCUCCUAGUCUUCAAGAUGCAAUCUUACUAGUUGAAGCCAUGAAUCAAUCAACUGUGGAAAAUACAGUACCCCCACCUCAGAACGUGGCUCAAUCACAGACCCCCGGUUCUGCCAUCAAGCAUACUACAAAUGCUGUUGGGCAGAUGGCACCAAAAAUAUUGCUGCAGCCUUUGAAAAGUCUGAUGCUUGAUGCUUCUAUCAAUAAAAGUGCAACAACCUCCAGAGAGUCUAUUAUCCCCAAGAUAAUUAUAGUACCAAGAAGAAAUCAAACAUUUGCUCAUGAUGGCGUUUCUCCGGUGACAGUAUUGCCAGAGAAGGCACUAAUUCAAACCAAUGCAGUGUCACAAGCUCCUACACAACCCAUAAAAAUAUUGCAAGAUAGCAGAAAAACGAGAAUCAUACUUGUGCCAAGGCAUGACCGUGGAUUGGCCUCUGCAAAGACAACUGGAGUAUGUCCUUUAAAACUUUCUUCCUUUACUAUGACAGAUCACCAAAAGAGUGACUUGCCUGAAAAUUCCACUUCUGUGGAUUUACCUCUUUUACCCCCUUCCACCUCCAAAGCUCCCAAGAAAACAGUCGACGUUUGUUACAAACAAGUCUUUCCAGAUGUGAAUUUGCUGACAAAAAAUUUUUCAACCCAUCAGCCCAUGGCAAUUUCUCCACAACUUAAAAAGCUUGCUGUUGAAAGCCAAGCAGCACCAGACAAACCGCAGUCGUUGGAGAGCCCUAAACUAGUUGUUCAAUCGGAAUCAUUUGAGAUGCCAGAGUCAGUUCAAUCUGAACCAUUUGAGAUGCCAGAGUCAGUUCAAUCUGAACCAUUUGAGAUGCCAGAGUCAGUUCAAUCUGAACCGUUUGAGAUGCCAGAGUCAGUUCAAUCUGAAUCGUUUGAGAUGCCAGAGCCAGUUCAACCGGAAUCAUUUGAGAUGCCAGAAUCAGUUGUUCAAUCGGAAUCAUUUGAGAUGCCAGAGCCAGUUGUUCAGUCUGAGACAUCAGAUAUGCCCGAGUCAUUGGAGAUGCCAGAGUCGGUUGUUCAACCUGAGACAUCAGAUAUGCUCGAUUCAUUGGAGAUUCCAGAGUCAAUGGUUCAGUCUGAGUCACUGGAGAUCCCUAAUUCACCGGAGAAGCCACAACAAGUCGAGAAACAAGAAUUUGUUGAUGAACCAAAGUUAUCUGAGGAGACAAAUUCAGCGGUUUUUACAGAAAAGCGGGAUACAGAAAAAACAACUAAUGUGGAUGUAGCUUCAUCAAUGCAGUUUAGGACCACAUCACAGGAGGUAAAAUUGUCCUGUAUAGAUGAUAUGACAUUGGUUGAAAAAGUGGAUGCAAUUCACAGCAGUGAGUCUUCCAAACAGACUGUUUCUCCUUCCAAAGUAGCUAACAUUUCUACAGAAGUAUGUUCAAGUUCGGAUAAGUCGGCUGCACUACCAGGAUCUAUGUCUUCAACAUUGUCUGUUCCCACUAAGCAAAAUCUAUCACCAGAGAUUCGAUUAACUAGACUGCCAUUUUUUGUUUCACCUAAAGAGACAUUUUUAGUCUCAAAAUUAUCAUCAGACAGAUUCAUAGUAAGCAGGAAGGACAAGGUAGGGCAAAGCAUCGUGCAGAACAAUUCUGACAUUUCCACUUCAACUGCCUCUCAAAAAGCCCACAAAUUAAACAAGUCAAAAGUGUCAUUUAAAUCAUCCACCACAAGAGAAGAAGCACCCAUCUUGAAUGUGGAGCAGGGCAAACCUUUCUCAGAGUCAAUUAAAGGCUCAGUAAAAUUAUCCGUUGCCUGCAACAAGAUAGACUCUUCACAUAAACCUGCUAUGAAAAAACAACCAUCAAAAAGAUCAGCUGGUCACCCACAGUCAACUUCCAUUCCAUCCAAGAAGGCAGUUGAUCAACUGUCAAUAUCGCCAAUGACAGACCUUCAAGAGUCAUGCACAAGGAAUGCUGAUGGUGCCAUAAAAUGCAGAAGUGGCAUGGAGAAAUCCCAGCAAAAAUCCUCCAUAUUUUCUCGCCUUCAAAGUCAUCUGAAAGCUCACAUGGAAUCAAAAAGUGCUACAAAACAACCAUCAUCUGACACAAAGACCACCACCAAAAACUCCAAGAAACCCAGGUUGGACAAUGACUGUGUUUGUGAUGGAAACACUAGUUCAGGACUUGAUUGCUCUUCUAAACCAGAUGCAUUAGAUAGCAUUGCUUCCCCAGAGAAAACAGCCAAUUGCCAAUUUUCUGUUCACUCCAGAUCUGUAUUGAUUGGGGAUGCUAUUGAAGAUGGUCAAUAUCAAUCAGAUUUAUGGCAUCAUAGAUAUGGGUCAACAAGUGACAGUGGGGAUUUCAGGUCUAAUUUAGAUGAAAAUGGUGCAAUUUCAAACAAUGUAAAUUGUAAGUCUGUUGGUUGGAGAAAGGUUGAAUCCACUAAAGCAAAAUCAAAUCACAAACAUCUGGAAUCAGUUUCUAUGAGUACUAGACAUUCUGUAUUAAGUAAAGACAAUAGAAAUUCAGAAUUUGGGAAAUCUGUUUCUAAAAGUCCUGUCCAAAUGAGAAAUGAAACUAAUCCUAAAUUUGUGAAAAAAGUGUCAAGCAUUCAAAAUAUAAAAUCCAGACAGAGUCCCAAAAAGUCUGAUGGAGAACAAGUCAAUCCAAAAAGCAAAAAAUCAGAAUCUCCGACUUGUGAUAAAAGGUUUAAUAUGGAUGAAAGUUUUUCCACUUCUGAUGGUCGUAAUCAAGGCAGUCACAGUGAUAAACAGACUACAGAAAAAUGUAGUAGUUCAGAGAGGACUAUCAAAAAAUACAAAACAAAAUCUAAAGUUUUAAACGAUAAACAAGCAAAAGUUACAAACAGUAUUAGUCCAAAAAGACUGGUGAAAAAGGACCAACAAGGUUCUACAGUUGUAAAGAAAUGCAUUGGGAAAGUGUGGUAUCCUCCCACCUUGCCACCCAAUGAAAUGCCUUCAAGAGAGACGACGAAACCCCCUGCAAAGGUGAAAGACAAAACUCCAUUUGAACCAUUCAAUAAAGCACCUAUUGUAUCGCCAUUACAGCCCUUGGCUGUAUUUGGUAAAUUUUUGCUGAGGAAUCAGUGUGGGGUUUGUGGUCGUGUCUUUAGCAGCAGUGCUGCUUUAGAGACUCACGUCAGCCUCCAUGAAUUAAAUAAACCUUUCUCAUGCUCACUUUGUGGUAAAAGUUUCCUAGACUCUGCAGGUUUGAAACGGCACGGUCGUGUACACCGCAAUGGUAGGAUCCAUGUCUGCCAUCUAUGUGGAAAGGGGUUUGUCUACAAAUUUGGUCUCUCCAAACAUCUUGAAAUGGUCCACGACAAGAUAAAGCGCUUUAUAUGCCAGACAUGUAAUAAAACGUUCUUUACUAAACGAGACGUAGAAAUUCACAUUCGAAGUCACACAGGAGAAACGCCCUUUCAUUGUAACCUUUGUGAAAGACAGUUCACAUCGCAGGUGAAACUGAAUGUGCACCUGCGCUGGCAUAACGGUGAGAAGAGACACUGGUGUCCAUACUGUGAUAAAGGAUUUUUAGACUACAAUAACCUCAAAAGACACAAAUAUAUUCACACAGGAGAGAGACCAUGUUCCUGUCCAUACUGCCCCAAGAAUUUCACACAGAUUGGUCACGUCAGGAAACAUGUUAGAAAUGUCCAUAAAAAAUGCAUUUAAAAUGUCAUCUUUUUCGUUUGUAUUUGUGGCUAAAUAUCUACAAAAUAUUUGUAGUGUCAUUUUUUAAGUAAAAAAGCCAAGACAAUGUAGAAGUUUUUGAGGAGGGAGGGGCGGGGGGUAGUCGGCCUUCCAGUAGCUCUUUUUGAAAUGUUUUAUUACAAGAUAUUUGACAGUUUUAUGUAUUAAUGGUUUGAUGUCUAAGAAUAUGAGUUUAAAAGAGAAAAAUUGCUAAAAAAAAUAGGGGUUUCUGAUAUACUUGAGCACGUUAUUACUGAUGGAAUUUUUCUGUGGUAAAUGUAAAAUAUUGGAGGGAUUUACUAAAAUGCUCAACAAGUUGUGCACUUCCACUACAUAAAAUUCGAUAUGGUUAAUAGUCUUUAGAAAUCAAAGUAAUAGAUGAAUUAUGUGUUGGCAGUAAGAAGAUGUUUGCUUUAACUUUGACUUGGGUUGCAUUGUGUCCUCCUUAACCGACAUGGGAAAGGUAAUAGGAUAUAAUAUUUUUAAUCAUUGUAUGUCAAUAGCUAGAAUGUAUGUUAUUUGAUGUGUAAAUAAACAUGUUUUUAAGUGUGAUGCAACUUAAACGAACAAUUAUGAAAUGAGUUGUUUCAAAUGUUGGUAAUCAUGAAAUGUUACAAAUGCCAUUAAGGGGUGAUGUGGUUGCUUUUGUAAAAUUGAGCAUAAGAUUUAAAAAUUGUCAGACGAAUGGGGCAAAGUUAUUUAUCUUUCGUUGAUUUGAUUUUACCUGAAUCCUUUUUUAUUUGUACAAUUUUUUUAACUGUUUAAAGUGACAGUUCAAGCCAUAACUUCACCAACAGGAAGACGUUUUAUUCUAAAAGUAGAGCAUUCAUGUUCAUAACAAAGUUUUAUUGUUUACAUGGUAGAUUUAAUUGAGUAGGUUUUGCUGAAUAAAUACUUUGCUAUUGCAAGAGAAUAAUAAAUGUUUUAAAAUGUGGACUUGUUUUCUUAAACAAUUUUAAUUGUGUUUUUAAAUGUGUGUUUUCUUUAGUCCAUGAAAUUACGCAAAAGUUACAUUUAGUCAGUGUACUUAAACAUGGUCACACUAUCUGAACUAUAAAUUCAUACCUGACUGAUUUGGACGGCAUUUGCACUUGUGACAGGAAUUGCUACGCCUUUUUUAGGUUUGUUUUUAGUUUUAGUGCCACAAAUGAAGAUAGAGCUGCAGUAGGCAUGGAAUGCAGAAGCAAAACAAAUAAUGUGGAUUAUUAAAUAGAUUUUUUCCCCCCUAAAUCAUUACUUCAUGAAAGUAUGCAGUUCCAUCUACUAAGUUAAAUAAGACUGUUUUUAAAAGUAUUGAGCUUUAGUUUGUUGUUCACCUUCGGCAAAUGCGCUCAGGGUUCACCACAGCCAAGCAGCUUAUACAAAAAAAUGUAUGUACCCUAUAUAAUAUUUUUUACUUCUAAUUUGAUUAAAGAAAAACAGUACAUUCAUCAAAGCCAAUAACUUUUGUUUUAAUGUAAAAAGAAAAACUGAUGAAUGAUUUUUUAAGUGGCAAUUGAACAUAGGUUGUUGUCCCAAGAUGCACAACAUGCAAGCAUCACGCUUUAUUUUGAAGGGAUAAAGGAUUGUUUCACUGAAGAAAUGUUCUAAUGCGAAGCAAAUGUCUUGCUUAUUUGAAUGUACAUAAAACAACAAAGUUUGUGCAGUCUUGCAGAUGUUUUAGGAAAUGAUUGUAAAAUAAAAUGAACUUGAAUUUGUGUGAAAAAUUAAAUGUAUGCUGAAGAGAUUUGAUGAGAGGAAUUGCCAAUCAUUAUAGACUUUGCUCA